CUGAUAAGACCUACGAUCGCAAUACAGGGAAUAUUAUUCAUCAAAGGCCAAAUAAAUACUUAUAAUUCCAUAUUCUGUCAUAUUUAAGCAUUCUUAAAAAAAAUAAAGGACAACUGAAAUUAUUCCAUUGGCAAAACAUUUAACACCUAAAGUCGAGAUCUAUAAGUUACAACGCUAUUAUCGACAAUGAACCGCCAGGAAAGACAGCGCCAUCACUACGAAUCUAUGUAUGACAAUUUGGAUAGGACGCGCGAGUUGCUAAAGCAGAUCUUCGAUGAACACAUUUUUGAUAGCCAGCAGAUAUUGAAGUUCCACACGCACGUCUACGAUUUUUGCUCGGUUUCGGUGCGCAACACGAAUGUUCCUUACCAAGAUGCCGGAGGCCAUCUUUACGAAGGGCUGACCAACUACCUUGAUAUUCGACUGCAGAACAUAGCAAAGGAUAUGGAGAGCCAAGUGUACGACGACGACCUGAUCGCUAAAUAUAUAGAGCACUGGGUGCAUUAUCAGAAGUCAUGCGAGAUACUGGACCACGGUUGCCUCUACCUCAACCGCAACUGGGUGAAUCGGGAGCGGUUUGAGGGAAAGAAAUAUAUUCAACCGGUGUAUCGCAUGGCCAUGAUUCGCUGGAAGCAACUGGUCUUUGGUCCCAUUGACACGUCUUUGGUCACUGCCAUAACGCUGCUUUUGAGGCAAAAGCCCAGUGAUAACACUAAGUCAUUGGUGUACCAGGUGCUCCAAUCCAUUGUGGAGCUGUACGCCAACGAUGAGAGGCAAGGCGUGCCAGUGCCUUCCAAGCUCGACAACGUUUUCAUUGAGGAGGUGGUGGGUUUCUACAAGUCAACGACUAUGGCCGAAUUCCAAAGGUUCAUCGUAUCCAAUUACCACGCCAAUUUUAUGCACUUCCUUAAGUACGCAUGCCUAGCCAUGCCAGAAAUUGAGGGAGGAGAUCAAUUUAAGGCAAUACUAAAAAAGCACCUCGCUGCACAGGUGCAGGAGGCCAUUGCUAACUCAUUAACAGGCAAGGAUUAUAUCCAAGCCAUCUUGGGAGUUCGUCAUAGUACUUUGGCGCGGGCAAUGCGUGACCACAAAACCCUCGUGGCUAUAGUGGAUGAGGUGUGUCAGGAUGCCAUCAACAAAAUUGAUAAGAAAAUUAAUCUCAUCCGUCGGAUUGUCCUAUAUGCCAACAAGCUUAUGACGAAAAAUCAGGAUUCCGAGAUAGCAUUUAUUAAUGAACUUAAGCGGAUCGCUGAAAUCGUGGAGUUCCUGGACGAAAAGGACAAAUUCAUAUACUGGUAUUGUAACGAACUUCGAAUUCGACAAAUCAAGGAGACAUCCAACUCCGACGGCUAUGAGUCCACAAUGAUUUCGCUUUUGAACAAUAGAUUUGGAGAUAAAUUUACUGAACCUCUAAGGAACCAGUUAAAUGAACUAGAAAAGUCAAGGAUUUAUCAAAGUCAGUUUCAAGAUCACUUGAAUAGCAAGGGAAUCCAGCUAGGAUUCGAUUUUCGUCCAAAGUGCUUCGUGAAUAAAGGGGGUAUAGAGAAUGUUAAGUUCACUUUGCCCGAUGAACUGCAGCAAGCUUGGGGGGAGUAUUGCCUGUUUUUGAAACAUCGCAAUGAGCAUGAAAGGCCCAAAAAAAUUGUACUUAAUAACAUAUUGUCCUCUGGGGUGAUAUACUGUAAUUUAAAUCAGUCGGUUCAUAUUCUUGAGGUGAGCACCUUGCAGAUGGCUAUUUUGCUGCUCUUCAAUCGGCAUGAACGAAUCACGGAGGAGGACAUGUCGAUUAGUUUGGGCGUCGAGAUGGAGACCCUCAAAGCGGCACUGGAGCACCUGAAAAUGCAAAAGUUUCUGAUUUAUAGCGGAACCCUUGUGGAAGUAAACAUGAACUUUACAAACAGGAAAAGGCGCUGUAACUUCGACAUCCCCAUGGUCAAAACUAGGAAGAUCGAAUUAGUAUUAGACAUGAACCGAAGCUAUAAAGUGGAUGCAGCAAUAGUACGCAUAUUGAAGAAAAACAAGGAACUUAAACAAUCGGAACUAAUUAUAGCCGUUGUUGAGGAGCUUAAAAAACAGUUUACGCCAGAAAUUAGGUUUAUCAAGGAAAGACUUGAAGCCUUGCUUAAAAAGGCGGUUCCAGACAUUGAACGUUGUGGACCUGAAGAUACCUACAGAUAUGUGUAG